AUGUCUGUGAUCGACAUGACAAGCUCAGUGCUAUGGCCGGCUUUGUACGUCUUAUUUGGCGUGGUCCUCACCAAGAGCCUUUAUGACUGGAGUCGCAAGAGAGACAGCCUACCCGUACCACCAGGACCUAAAGGACUGCCACUACUUGGAAAUCUGACAGAUCUACCCACUGGUGAUGUACCAGAGUUCCAGCACUGGCUCAAGCAUAAAGAUGCAUAUGGGCCCAUCAGUUCCGUUACUGUUUUGGGUCAAACCAUGAUCCUGAUUCACGACGCAAAAAUCGCCCACGAGCUGCUUGUUGAGCGCGCAAACAUACACUCGGGCAGACCCAAGCUGAAGUUCGGCUUUGACUUGGUAGGAUGGAACAAGCCUAUGGCUGGACAGCAAUGCGACUCAAUUUUCAAACUAUAUCGAAAAUAUACGCACCAGCAGUUGGGUUCAAAGGCAUCGGUCGCGAGAUAUAACCAGGUCCAGGAAACUGCUGUCGGUCGCUUCUUGUGGCGUGUCAAGCAAGACAAUGGGGCAGCUUUGACUCAACAUCUCAAGACUGAAGCCGGCGAACUGAUCCUCAAGGUCGUCUACGACUACACUAUCGAGCCUUUCGAAAACGAUUCUCUUGUCGAUUUAGUUGACGAGGCCAUGGAGCAAUUCAGCGAGGCAACUAUUCCAGGCCGAUGGAUGGUGGAUAUCUUCCCCUUCUUGGAACACAUUCCAAGCUGGAUACCCGGAACCGGAUUUCAAAAGACUGCAGCGGCAUGGAACAAGACUCUCAUGGCUGUAGCCGACAUACCCUAUGCCUACGCCAAGCAGCAAGGCAAAAACAAGCGAACCAGCCACACAGACUUUGUCACGAAAUCCAUCGAACAAGCACAGCAAGAGAAGACGCUCGACGCAACCGAUGAACAUGCGAUCAAGUGGGCAGCAGCGUCCAUGUAUCUAGGUGGUGCCGACACUUCCGUCUCAAUCAUGAACGCCUUUUUCCUCGCCAUGAGCAUGUUCCCCGACGUCCAACGUAAAGCUCAAGAAGAACUCGAUCGCGUGAUUGGGAACUCUCGCCUCCCUACACACGCCGAUCGCGACAACCUUCCUUACCUCAACGCUAUUGUCGAAGAAGCACAGCGCUGGCAUCCUAUAGCCCCCAUGGGACUNCCCCACGCAACAGACAGAGAAGACUCCAUAAACGGCUAUCGCAUUCCCAAAGAUUCCCUCCUGCUACCAGCGAUCUGGUGGUUCACUCGCGAUCCUGCCAUUUACCAUGACCCCGAGUCAUUCAAGCCUGAACGUUUCUUGCCUCCCUUCAACGAGCCGGCAGCAACCUCUUUUACCUUUGGCUUUGGGCGUAGGAUUUGUCCUGGUCGUGUGUUGGCCGAUGCAUCUCUGUUCCUUACUUUCGCACAAAGUCUUGCUGUUUUCAACAUCAGUAAGCAAGUUGACAAGGAAGGCAAGGUUGUUGAGCCAACACAUGAGUUUAUGGGUGGCAUCGUUGCGUAUCCAAAAGCUUUUGAAGUCAGAAUCACUCUGAGGAGUCAUAAGCAUGCAGAGUUGAUAGAGGACGUUGUAAAGCAGUAUCCUUGGCAAAAGAGCGAUGCUGGAUAUCUCUAA